GCCCCCCCCGGGACCCGGCGGCGCCGCGGAGCCGGAUGCGGCAGCGCGCGGGGGCGGACGGGGCGGGAGGCGGGGGCCAGCCCGGCGCGGCCCCGCUAUAAGAGCGCGGCGGCGGCGGCACCGGGGGCGGCGGCGGGGCCAUGGAGGAGGCGCAGCGGGUGCUGGCGGCGGCGCUGUGGAAGCUCUACCGGUGCCGGCUGCAGCGCGGCGGCCUCCGCCUCCACCGCGGCCUCCAGCUCUCGCUGCUCGUGCGCGCCGCCCGCCGCCGCUACCUCGCCGCCCGCGCCGCCGCCGACGGGCUGCCCCGGGAGCCGCUGCCUGCGCCGAGCGCCGAGCCGCCGGUUGUCCUGCACCGCGACCCCCCGUUCGCACCGGACCGGGGGGCCCCGCCGGUUGCACCGAGCCCGGAGCCGCCGGUUGCCCCGCACCGGGAUCCCCGAAGCGCCCCGCACCGGGACCUGCCGGCUGCACCGAGCCCGGCCCCGCACCGGGACCCCCCGCUCGCACCGGACCGGGGGGCACCGCCAGUUGCCCCGCACCGGGACCCGCCGUUUGCACCGGACCGGGGGGCACCGCCGCUUGCACCGAGCCGGGACCCGCCGGUUGCCCUGCACCGGGACCCCCGCAUCGCCCUGCACCGGGACCCGCCGGUUGCACCGAGUCCGGACCCCCGCAGCGCCCAGCACCGGGACCCGCCGGUUGCACCGAGCCCGGACCCCCGCAGCGCCCUGCACCGGGACCUGUCAGCUGCGCCGAGCCCGGUCCCUCCCGGCGCCCCGCACCGAGACCCCCCGCUCGCACCGGACCGGGGGACCCCGCCGUCUGCACCAGACCGGGACCCGCCGGUUGCACCGAGCCCAGCCCCGCACCGGGACCCCCCGCUCGCACCGGACCGGGGGACCCCGCCAGUUGCCCCGCACCGGGACCCGCCGGUUGCCCCGCACCGGGGGGCACCGCCGUCUGCACCGAGCCGGGACCCGCCGGUUGCACCGCCCCGAGACCCCGCCAGCGCCCCGGACCGGGGGGCCCCGCCGUGCCGGGCCCCGGCUGAGCCGCCCCCCCGCCGCCCCGGGCCCCCCCCGCCGCCGCGGGCCGGGCGGAAGCGGCGCAGCAGCGGCUGGGAGGCCGCCGCGCCGGGGCUGCUGCCGCUGCCGAGCAAACGGGCGCGGCUGGAGGCCGAGGAGCCGCCGGUGCCGCCGGGCCGCUGCGCCGCGCCGCCCGCCGCCGCCUUCGGCCUCCUCGUCCGCGCCGUCGGGGCUUGCUGAGACCCCCCCGCCGGGGGGGGGGGGGGGCGCGGACCCCCCCGGGACACGCGGAGCCGCUCGAGCCGGAGCCCCCCCGGGACCGGCGGGGGGGGGCACGGAGCCCCCCCGGACACAUGGAGAGCCCCUUUGGGGCACGGACCUGGCAAGGGGGGGGCACAUGGACCCCCCCCCCCCCGGGACACGCGGGUUUUGUAACCCGGAGCGGGGGGGCCGGCGGGCCCCGGCCCCCCCCGGUGACUCACCGGCAUGUGACAGCGGUUGCGUCACCCGGCGGGGGGGGGGACUUCCCGGUGCCCGUGGGUGGGGGCACCCCGACGCCCUGCUCCCGGGGGGGUCCAGGCUGGCCCUGCCCCACGCCUGGGGGGGUAAUUUAUACCGGGGGGGGCUGUUUCCCUCCCCUUUUGUGCUUAAUUAUUAUUUUGUUAAUGAAAUAAAAGCGUGUUUGGGAA